AUGAUAGCACGAUUCGAUUUAAACAUCGACUGGUCGCAAGUGAAUCUCGAGGCGCUUCAGUUGCCUGAGGGCGAGGAUUUCGACAUCAAGAGCGAGGACGAGGAGGAGGAGUUAGAGGUGGUUGAAACCGAGACGGGCUUCGGAAACGUCAUCGUCGUUGAUAACCUGCCCGUCGUGCCGCCCGAAAAGUUUGAGAAGCUGCAGACCGUGGCCAAGAAGAUUUUCGGGCAGAUUGGGCUGAUUCGGGAGGGGGGGCUGUGGAUGCCCGUGAAUAAGGAGACGCAGAAGACAAAUGGAUAUGCCUUUAUCGAGUACGCCACUCCCCAGGAGGCGCAGGCGGCGCGGGAGCAGAUGGACGGGUACAAGCUGGACAAGGCGCACGUCUUCAAGGUCUCCAUGUUCGACGACUUCGACAAGUACGCGCGCGUGCCCGACCAAUACGUGCCGCCGCCGCAAAAGGAGUACACGCCCUCGGAGAACCUGCAAUGGUUCGCGGCGGACGAGCGCGGGCGCGACCAGUUUGUGAUUCGCUUCGCGUCCGAAACCGAGGUCUACUGGAACGACGCGCGCGCCGCCAAGCCCGACCCCGUCUACCGCCGCACAUUUUGGACGGAGAGUUUUGUGCAGUGGUCGCCGCUGGGCAGCUAUCUCGCGACCAUCCAUCGCCAGGGCGCCGCCAUCUGGGCCGGCCCCUCGUGGCAACGCAUCAUGCGCUUCGCUCACCCUCAGGUGCGUCUGAUAGACUUCUCGCCAGGGGAGCGCUUCCUGGUGACUUACAGCAGCCACGAGCCGGCUAACCCGCGGGACACGCAGAAGGUGGUGUUGAACGUGUUUGAUGUGCGCACGGGCAAGAGCAUGCGCGAGUUCAAGGGGGCGGCUGAUGACUUCGCUACUGGUGGUGCUGGUGGCGUAGCUGGCGUGCAGUGGCCUGUCUUCAGGUGGGCGGGCGGGCGUGAAGACAAGUACUUUGCGCGCUUGGGCAAGAACUGUGUGUCAGUCUACGAGACCAGCACUAUGUCUCUGCUGGACAAGAAGUCCCUCAAGGCGGAUCACGUGCAGGACUUCACGUGGUCGCCGGCUGAGCCUAUCCUGGCUAUGUACAUCCCUGAAUCCAAUGGGGGGAAUCAACCUGCCAGGGUGAGUCUCAUCGCGAUCCCAUCCCGGGAGGAGCUGAGGCAGAAGAACCUGUUCAGCGUGAGCGAGUGCCGCAUGGCCUGGCAGAGCGCGGGCGAGUACCUGGCAGUCAAGGUCGACCGCUACACCAAGACCAAGAAAACCACCUACUCGGGCUUCGAGCUCUUCCGCAUCAAGGAGCGCGACAUCCCAAUCGAAGUCCUCGAGCUAGAAAACAAGAACGACAAAGUGAUAGACUUUGCGUGGGAGCCGAAGGGGCAUAGAUUCGCCGUGAUUCACGGGGAUGGACCGAAACCCGACGUGUCGAUUUACACGAUGAAGCCGGCGGGGGCGGGCGGGGCGGGGGGCGUGGUGAAGGUGGCGAAGCUGGCGACGCUCAAGGGGAAGCAGGCGAACACGCUGUGCUGGUCGCCCAUGGGACGGUUCCUCGUGCUGGCGGGGCUCAAGGGGUUCAACGGGCAGUUUGAGUUUUUCAACGUUGAUGAGCUGGAGACGAUGGGCACUGGGGAACACUUCAUGGCGACGGACGUUGAAUGGGAUCCCACCGGCAGGUACCUAGCGACAGCAGUGACAUCAGUGCAUCAGAUGGAGAACGGAUUCCACAUCUGGUCCUUCAGUGGCCGCCUGCUCUACCAGCUGCCGCGCGACCGCUUCAUGCAGUUCCUGUGGAGACCCCGUCCCCCGUCCCUGCUGCCCGCAGAAAAAGAAGCGGAAGUUUCCAAGAACCUGCGCAAGUACAGCCGAAAGUACGAGGUGGAGGAUGAGGAGGCCGGGGCGGCGUCGAGCGCAGCGGAGGUGGAGAGGCGGCGCAUUGUCAUGGACGAGUGGCGGCAGUGGCAGGCGGAGUGGCGGCACAUUGACGAGCAGGAGGAGAAGCUGCUGGCGGCGAUCAGGGGAGGCGUGAAGGAGGAGGAGGAGGAGUAUAAGGCGGAAGAGGUGGAGGUGGAGGAGAUUAUCGAUAUUCAGGAGGAGAUUGAGAGGUUUGAGUGA